AUGGAGUCACUUGAGAUAGAGCCCAAUGGGGAGGGUUUAUUGUGCCCAUCCUGCCCUGUGGUCUCUCAGAGUAACCAGAUGGAAUUGCUGGUUUCCAACAUCAAAGAACUAGAUGCCCAGCUGAGAGAUGUCCUCCAGAUGAACUCAGGCAUGGGGAAGUUUCCAGUGCAUGUGACCCUGAGUGUUGACCCAGCCAACUACCUUAUCAUUUCUGAGAACCUGAAGAGUAUCUGA